GCGCCUCCCUCCCCCGACCCUCCUCCCUACAACAAACAUGGCCGCGAAAUCUGAUGGUGCUCCCGUCUCUCUACGAAACGAAAACCCGCCUCAAAGCUCUCCCAGGUCGGAUCCGCGGCCUCCGCAGGACCGCGUGGUCGAGCAGCGCUACACCCUGCGAGACUGCUGCUGGACGCUGGGCGCCCUGCUGGUGUUCUUCUGGGACGGGGCCUCAGACCUGUGGCUGGCCGCCGACUACUACCUUCGGAGGGAGUACUGGUGCUUUGCGCUGACUCUGGUCUUUGUGAUCGUCCCGUCCGUGGUGGUGCAAGUCCUGAGCUUCCGAUGGUUCGCCUUCGAUUUCUCGGAGAGCGUCAGCGGCACGGCGGCGGCUGCGGUCGUGGCUGCGUCGGGAGCGGAGGAGAGCAACUUCAGCACCAAGGACAGCGGUGAGCGGGGCGCUGGCCGAGCGGUGGCGGCAGCCGUGCUGCCAGGGCCGGCCACCGGGGGAGGAGCCCGCAGCUGCUGCAGAGCCUUCAUGUGGGUCUUUCAGGCCAUCAUUCACAUCUUUCAGCUGGCUCAGGUCUGGAGGUAUGUCCACGCCCUGUAUUUGGGGGUGCAGAGCCGUUGGCAUGGAGACCCGGAGCGCAGGCACUACUACUGGCGCAUGAUGUUCGAGACUGCAGAUAUCAGCAUGCUGCGCCUGCUCGAGUCCUUCCUGAAAAGCGCUCCUCAGCUGGUGUUGCAGCUCAGCAUAAUGAUCCACACCAGUCAGGUGCUACCCCUCCAGGGGCUUUCUGCUUCUGCUUCACUCAUGUCCCUCGCGUGGAUGAUCUCAUCUUAUCAAAAGGUUCUGAGGGACUCUCGAGACGAUAAGGUUCCCAUGACCUACAAAGCCGUGAUAGUUCAGAUUCUGUGGCACCUGUUCACCAUCGCGGCUCGCACGCUGGCCUUCGCCCUGUUCGCAUCCGUGUUUCAGCUUUACUUCGGCAUCUUCAUCGUGGCCCACUGGUGCAUCAUGACGUUUUGGAUAAUACAAGGCGAGACAGACUUCUGCAUGUCAAAAUGGGAGGAGAUCAUCUACAACAUGAUGGUGGGCAUCAUCUACGUUUUCUGCUGGUUCAGUGUCAGGGAGGGGCGCACUCACUGCAGAUUGCUGAUCUACAGUGUGACGGUGUUCGUCGAAAACGUGGCCCUCACCACCAUCUGGUACAUGUACCGUGGCGGCACAGAUCGCCACGGCAACUCGGAUUUCUAUGCCGUGAUGAUGGUGUGCAUGGUGGCCAGCAGCUACGCUCUGGGCACCUUCUUUAUGUUUGUGUAUUACUGUCUGCUGCACCCUGAAGGCGCCGUCUCAGGGUGGAGCUAUACGGUGGAGAAGGAAGUGCCUGUGGAGCUGCUGGCCUCCCCGGCGUCCAGCCUUCCCCCAGAUUUGGUGAGCAGCCCCCCUAGAACCCUGCAGAGGACUAAAGGGUCAGACAGGGAGCAGGAUGGAGAUGUGUUUAAGGUAAGACCUCUUAGGGGGGCUAAGCCCCCAGUACCUAACCUCAAACCCAGGACAGAGGGGCCUGUCAUCCGAAUAGACUUACCCAGGAAGAGAUACCCUGCCUGGGAUGCUCAUUUCAUCGACCGGCGUCUGCGUAAAACCAUUCUGGUGCUUGAGAAAGCUGCUCCAGUCACACCAAGGAUUCAGUACCGAUGUCUAGUCACACCUAAAGAAGUGAUGGAGUAUGAAACCACAGUGUAACCGACUGAAAGCUGCGUGACUUGGUGACACACGGACCACCUGCCAAAAAGAAAAAUGGCUGGAGGAGUGGUUGCACAGAGCAGCACCACAUCUGGUCUAUCCUGUCCGAUACUGCACGCAAAGGAGCGGGAAAAAAAGGGAUGUGGUCUCUUUACUCAACUGAUGGUGAAAGAAAAUAUGUGAAGUUGUGGUGCAUAUUUUGGUUUCUGUAUCAAUUCUCAGGUCAUGAUGUGGCACAAAUGGCAGUUGGAUGUACACUAGUCGUCUUGUAAUCUCAGAAGAUCACAAACAGGAAGAUAGAGGUGGUGAAGUUAUCAAUCAUAAGCAGGUGUUUGUGUGUGUGUGUUGGGGGGUCCUGUCCAGAUAACCCUUCAUUGUUUAUUAUUUAUGGCAGCUAGAACAUCACGGAAUAGGUGUGGCAGUCAAAGAUGUCACCACGCCGUAAUUUCAAACCGUCCACGAGAUUACAAACAAGUUCUGCUCAGAAAUCUUUACCCAGCUUUAUUUUGAAGGGGGGGCUUUGAAGGCGCUUCGACCUGAAGGGGCAGUUUAAGGCAACUUUUGAGUUGAAUGUACAAACCUUUAUGUUUGACUGAGGUUAUUAGAGAAAUUUCAUGCUGUUUCUGGUAUAUACAAUACUCUUGCCAUAUCUUUUUUUAAAAUAGAAAAUCACUAGAAUUUGGUGUGUUUACAUUCAGUCUGUUUUUUUUAGGGGUAUGGUUUUGUACUAUUUUAAGAAAAACAAAAAAACACCCUCUUCUGUUUAUGCAGUUCUUUGUUUUUUCCAUCACAUUUAUGGAGUACAUUGGACUUCAUACCAUUAGAAUUUGACCACCUUAUGCAACAAAAGCAGUGGGAUUACAUGUUAGGGAGUAGAAACUAAGGAGAGAGUCACAGAUCACUGUCUGAUGCAUUCCUUCUCUGUCAUCUGUCAAAUGAGGAAAAUUCUGCACAUUCCGAGACUUUUGCCUAGAUUAUUAUUAAUAGUACAGGGUUGAGGUACUUUUUUAAAAUUUUUAAUUUUACAUGUCAUUUUUUAAUAAAGAUUUUCAAAUUUGCUAUUUAAUUUUUAAAAUGGAGCGAACGUUUUAAAAAGGGGCAGAAUUUAUUUUAAAUGAUUUUUUGCUUUAAUCAGUUUUUAAAGAAGGAUUUCGAACCUCAUCUGAGCUGUUAUGGAAAAUCUUACCUUUCAGAGUUAAAGUUGUUUUUUCCAUUGAGUAGUCACAAGAGGAACAUUCUGGAUUAGGUGUUAUUUUUGUGGAUGUCCGCUCACUUACUGGCACAAAUGACAGUCCUGCUAUUUGCAUUCGACUCGGUUAGUUUCACCGAUUUGGUAUUUUUGUGGAAAACACUUGUUUUUGUCCAGAUAUGUGGCCAACAAAGCACAUUUGCCAUUUCCUGUUACAGUUGAACUUGUAAAAAAAAACGCCAGAAGGGGUUUUGUUUAUGGUGCUAACAGUUUGCGUCCGUCUGGUACCAUAAAUGAGCGUAUCGUCAAACAUGGCUGCAUCUCAGACACAAAGCUGGAAUCAAAAAGCCUUAAGCUGGUCAAGCCAGACUGUUCAAGGAAGGACAAAAGAUCAACAUGAAGGUGAACACCAAGUCAUUAUGUUGUUGCUGAAAUAAAAGAGAAAUGUGUUUCCCUGAAA